AUGUCAGGUUACGGAAAUGAAGGUGGCGGAUAUGGCGGACAACAGGGCGGUGGAUAUGGUGGUGAAGCUCCUACAGAAAGAAGAGAAGGUCACCACGGUGGACAAGGUGGCGCAUUCGGAGGUGGAAAUUUCAACGAAGAAAGCCGUCAAGGUGGUGGUCAGGCCCAAAGCUAUUAUGGAGGUGGUGGACAAGGAGGACAAGAAGAAAUCCGUCACGGUGGUCGCGAUGAGAGAUAUGGAGGAGGUGGAAACAACCCAUAUGGCGGCGGUGGAGGAUAUGGUACCGAUGAUGAGGAUUUAAAUGGUGCAGCUAAUCAUGCUGAAGAACAUUCCGGUGGCUCUGGUGAUAAGAGCAUGUUUUCGAGUGUCUUGGGUUACUUGGGUCAGAACAAGCAUGACAUUAGUAACCAGGAUGUCGAUGAAGAAGAAGCCGUAAAUUCCCACAAACAGUUCUACGGAGGUGAAUCCUCCUCGGGCGGUUCUUCCGCCUCUUCAUCCAGCAUGGGUAGUGCCGCCGCAAUGCAAGCACUCAAGAUGUUCAGCGGUGGAUCCUCCGGCAACUCCUCGUCUGGAAACUCACAAAACGCAUUUGUUGGAAUGGCGAUGGGACAAGCCAGCAAGUUAUUCGAUCAGCAAAGCAGCCAAGGAAACGUCGCCUCCGAUUCUUCCAAGGAAAGCGUUGUUCAAAAAGCUGGCGAGAUGGCUCUCAAGAUGUACAUGAAGAGUCAGGGAGGUGGAAGCUCGGGUGGCGGCAUGAGUGGAUUGAUGGGCUUGGCUAGUAAAUUCAUGUAA